GCUGCUGACAAGCUUGGAUUCACUUCUUUAAGCUCACUCACUCCCAUUUUCUUACCCAUAAUCACCUUCUAGGUGAAAGAAAAGCAGGAAUGUUUCAUCUUUCUGUUGCCUAAAUCUUCAUGGGUUUCUUUUUGAUGUUUGAUUUAUGCAUCUUUGUGCUUUAUACUUGAUAAAAAACCCCCCCUUUAAUCUUCUUUUACCAUUCAGCAGAGCUUUUUCCUCAUGUAUUGGAAAGUUGGGUGCUUCCUAGAUUCCUCACUUCAUGCUUAUGUCAAUAAAGCACACAGGCUCUCCUCAAAAGAGUGAUUUAGUGGCAACUUCUUCACCAUAGACUCUCUCUCCAUUUCAAUUCCUCCAUAACUGGGUGUUGGUCAUUUUUCAUCGAAAAUGAAUCGAGCAACCGAAAUUCCCUCUCCAUCAUCGUAUUUCAGAGGCUCAACGUUGUUCUUCGAGGGAACCAAAGAGACGGAAUGGACCCUGGAAGAGAACAAGCGGUUUGAGGAUGCACUGGCGUUGUUUGAUAAGGAAACGCCAGAUCGGUGGCACAAUGUGGCGCAAUUGAUCCCGGGAAAAACUGUGGUUGACGUGAUCAAUCAUUAUCGGAAAUUGGAAGAGGAUAUUAGUGAGAUAGAGGCAGGGGUGUGUGUGGUACCUGGAUACAGCAGCAGUGAUCCUGUGACACUCGAGUGGGUGGCCAACAACCACCCACAAUUUUACAGUCCUGGAGGAAAGAGAAGUGCAUCAAAUAGGCUUCCUGAUCAGGAAAAGAAGAAAGGAAUUCCAUGGACAGAAGAAGAGCACAGGCAAUUUCUUUUGGGGCUGAAGAAGUAUGGCAAAGGGGACUGGAGAAAUAUCUCAAGGAAUUUUGUGACAAGUAGGACACCUACCCAGGUUGCUAGUCAUGCUCAGAAGUACUUCAUCCGGCAGUUAUCGGGUGGAAAGGAUAAGAGGAGGUCAAGCAUUCACGAUAUCACCACGGUGCACCUUAACGACACUAGAACAAAAACACAGUUGCCAGAGAAUGAUACAUGUCCAAAACCAAGUGAAUGUACCACCUUGGUCACACAGCCACCAAAACCUCAGCACCACCAUUCGAAUAUGUCUAAAGCACUGUACAAAUGGAGUCUUCCUAAUCAGCAGGUGGCAACAAACAUGGCAUUUAACCUUCCAAACAGCAGCCUGAGGAUGGCACCACUUCAUGGGAGCUCAUCAUAUGGAUCUCAGUAUGGACAUUUGGGUACGGUUUUUCAAGGGAACUGUUAGAGCUGCACAACUUUCAUAUCCCGGAGAAUGGGAUAUCUGGCUAUGUAACUAGGAGAAUUUAUCGAAGUAUGUAGGAUAAAAGCGUGAUCCACCAAGGUUGUAGUUCUUUGAUUACUUAUUGCUCUAGUUCCUAGCAUCUGUUCAUUAUUUAUCUAUUGAUGAGAAAAUUAAUUUGUUAAGCAAAACUGUGGUAUGUCAUGCAUUCAGCAGAUAACUUUUUAC